UUUUAUUCCAGAUAUCUGGUCUUUUGCAAACCACUGUGGUACAGAUUUAAACAAAACAUCAAAACAUUUGUGUUGGUCUGUGUCACAGUUUGGAUACUUUCUUUUCUUUUUAUCCUGACCCUGUAUUACACUGAGGAAUUAGAGAUGAGGAUAAAAAUGUUUGGUGUUUUUCUCCUCCUCCCUCUUCCCUUGUUCAUCUUCUGCCUGGUUGGGACCAUUAAAGCUCUGUCUGAAGCUCGCAGUGUCCCUGCUGAUGAAAAACGUCGAAUUGUUUUAAUCUUGGUUUUGUUUUUGCUUAUUUAUCUUCUGCUUUUCUUGCCAAUUAUAAUAUUUUUUCUGUAUGAAGAAGCUGUGGAAAAUGUAAUCUUAAGCUUUGCUAUUGAAAUUUGUAUUUUUCUUAGUCCUCUUGCAGACUCAGCUUUGUAUAUUUUUCUGAGGAAAAGUGCAGUUGACAGGAUUUUGAUCUCAUUGUGUUGUGUAAAGUCUAGGAAUCAGAUCAGCAUCACUGAUAAUCACAACAUGUCAGGUCUUCAGUCUACAGAAGUUUAGGUACCACUGAUGCACAAAUAUCUUUCCUGCAGACUUUCUUAAAGUAUACUUAUGGAUUACUUGCAAUAAAAAUUGCUUUCAAAUGA